AUGUCAAUUGAUAAUUUAAAGAAAUUUCUACAAAGUUAUGAUUUUGAAAAUUCCGGUGAUUUAAACAAAAUAGAAUGGAUAAAAUUAUGCUCUAAUUCAACAAUUAAUAUAUCUAGUGAAUUAUCAUUAACAUUAUUCAAUGAACUUGAUACAGAUAAUGAUGGAUUAAUUAAAAUAUCAGAUAUAUUACAAGAAUUAGAAAUAUGGAAAGCAUCGAAUCAAUCAAAUUGUAAUUUGAAUCAUUUUGAUAAAAUUGAUAAUAAUCAAUAUGGGAAUGAAUGUAAAAAUGAGGAAUUAAUAUUAGAACAAGAUAAUGGUGUUUUUGGUAAACAUCAAACAGAUCAAUUAUCAAGAAUAACAUCCAGAUCGAAUAUAAAAACAAAUCCAGUUAUCUUAGAAAGACGUAAAAAAAGAUAUCCAAUAAUUCCAUCGGAAAUAAUCAUACCAAAUGAAGGAAGCGAUCAAUGGAUGCCUAAAAAGGAAAUUAAUCCAGAUGGAUCAGAAGUUUUUACAACUACACCUAUAGUCAAAACUCCAAGAUACAGUAGUGUUUGUGAAUUAGAAAGUGUAAUAUCACAGAAUUAUCCAGAAUUAUUAAGUCCAUUUAAAAUUGUUCUAAAUGAUUUUCGAAAUGAACUUUUACGAACUAAAAAAGAAAAAAUCGAUUUGGAAGAAACAUACAUAAAAGAGAAGGAAAAACGUAAAAGUGAUUUAUCUAGAUUAGAAGGUGAACUUGAAUUACAGAUUAAAUCAAUAGAGGAACGUGCCAAAUCGGAAGUACAUGAAAAGUUACAAAGUGAGUAUAGAACACUGGUCUCUAACAAAGAACAAGAAAUCACAGAAAUACGGGAACAAGUUGAAAGUUUACAACGUAAAAUUAAAAAUCAUUCCUCUAAUUGUUGUGAUUCAAUGAAUAGUCCUAUUAUAUUGAAAAAAUUUACUGAUUCAUUUGAUAAAUCAAAUUCUUCUUUAAUUUCUUCUUUACAUUAUGAACAUCUUAAUCAAAAUGAAACGAUAGAACAAAAUUCAUAUAAAAUUGAAUUACAAAAUGUUUUAUCAAUUCUAGCGCAAAGAGAAUUUGAAUUGAAAACGUUAAAAGAUCAAUUAAUUCAACAAGAAACACAAUUAACAAUGGAUAAACAUGAAUUGAUUAGUCAAGAAGAAGAGAAACAAAAUCUAUAUUCUCAAUUAAAUGUUAUGCGAACAACAAUGGAACGUUUAAAUAAAACAAACGACUACUUAUGUUCAGCGUUGCAUCGUGAAUCAAUUCACAAGCCAAGUAGAACGUCACCAUCGAGUGCUUUCUCAGAAUUUAUGGAACAAAGUGAUAACAACGAAACCAAUCUACAGCCAUGUAGAUUUUCAACAGGAAUCAAUUUUCCAUUAGAACCGUAUGAAUUUGACAGUUUGGAAAAUAUUCUACCACUUCAACGCCAACAAAAUCAUCAUCUUGAUUCCACAUGUCGACGUUCAGAUUACUCUAGUGAGAAUAUUAGCAGUGUCAGUGGUUCCAAUUAUGAUAAGAAUGAAUUUAUAGCUCUCGAAAAUAAUACUGAAGAACAACACCCUACAGAAACUUUAACACCAACACGUAUAUUUAAAGUGAUUUUAGUCGGGGAUUCAGGUGUUGGCAAAUCUAGUUUCUCAUAUCGAUUUUGUGAUGGAAUAUUUUAUCCACAACUUAGAGCUACUUUAGGAGUUGAUUUUCGAACAAAAAAUAUUAAAAUGAAUAAUUCAGUGUACACUAUUCAAUUAUGGGAUACUGCUGGACAAGAGACGUAUCGUUGUAUUGUCCGUUCAUAUUUCCGCAAAAUUGACGGUGUAAUUUUAAUGUAUGCAGUUGAUCAACCUGAUACAUUUGCAAGUAUCAAAUAUUGGAUGGAAAUGAUAAAAGAAUCGACGAGUGAAGAAAAUGUUCCAAUUCUUUUAGUUGGUAAUAAAGUUGAUUUACGCAAUACCAGUAGUAACAAUACUAAAGAAAGUUAUAAUACUAAUGAUGAUAUGAAAAAAGAGGAAUCGCACAAGUACAUCACAUAUGAAAUGGGUGCCAAUGUAGCUAAAUUACAUCACGUUUCAUUCAUUGAAACAAGUGUAUUAAGCAAGCAUAAUAUCACAGAAGCUGUUGAACUACUUACGGAAGGGAUGAAGUUGAAUGAAGAUGAACAAGUUGCAGUUGUCACAUUAACUACAUCAUCAUCAGCAUCAUUGAAAAGAAAUAUUGGCAAAAUGUCUAAUACAAACAGAAAAAUGUGUUGUACAUAAUCUAUGAGCGUUUACAUACACAAAUAUUCACAUAUUGUAAUAUUUAUUCAGUUGUAUAUUUCAAUGAAUAACAAAAAACAAACCCCACAGAAUUCCAAUGACAUUGAUGAGAAAGAGAAAAUGGGGUUGGUGUUGAUAACUAUAACAAUUAAUAAUAAUAAUAAUAAUAAU